AUGCCCGUCCCGCCUCCACACCAGCACCAGCAGCAGCAACAACAACAGGACGACAAACGACAAGCUGCGCGCGAAGUUGUUGAUAUCCUUCAUGAAAUAUCCACAAUCCUGAAUACCCACCUCGACCGAACGGAGCUAUCUCUCUGCGUCUCCCUAAUCGAGAACGGCGUGAAUCCUGAAGCUCUGGCUGCCGUCAUUAAAGAAUGCGCAGAGAGGCGCGACUGCAAUAACAACGACUACUCGAUGCUGCACCAGACCCCGCCUCCGCUGCGGUGGAAUAAGGAAAAGGAAUGCAUGAAUAGCAAUGUUGUAAUGCGUUUAACACCCCUUUUUUUUCCCCCUUACCUGAACUACGCUAUUCUCCCUGGCUCCUCUGGAUGGACGUGUGUGUAA